UCGAGGACGAGUCAAAAGAGUCAAGAGUCAAUACUUGUGAUACCUUCCACUUCCUCCUCAUCUCCUGCCUUCAACCGUUUUGCCGCAGUGGGAGCAUACUACCAUACACGAUGCUUCGUAACUUCAGUGUCCAGCACAUGAGACAGAAAGCCCUUGCACUGAGGUUCUCCCCAAGAUUCUAUUCGCAGAUCAUGUCCGAUGCCGAACGUCAGGUUUACAACAAACUGUCCAAGGAGUUGCAACCUUCAGAGCUGGAGGUUGCGGACAUCAGCGGUGGAUGUGGCUCUAUGUUUGCCAUCAACGUCACCAGUGACAAGUUCAAGGGGAUUUCGAUGGUUAAACAGCACAAGCUGGUGAACUCAAUCUUGUCGAAGGAAAUCUCGCAAUGGCAUGGAUUGCAGUUGAGCACUAAAGCGCCAAAGAAGUGAACUCAGUUUAGUUUUGAUAUCGCUUUAUAAUAUAUAGUCAUUAUUCAUUCAUUAGAGUAUUCAUGAGAG